UGUCUCUCUCUGUCCCCCAAAAAAUAAAACGUUGAAAAAAAAAAUUUUUUUUUAAAUAAGUAAACAUUAAAAAAGAGAGAGAGACGCUUAACUAGUUGAGCCACCCAGGUGUCCUGGAAGUUUCGUUGUUAAAGUCAACAGGACAAGCAAGCUUUUUCAAAGCCAAAGGCAAAUCCAACAAAGGAGAGUAAGGAGGUAGUUUGGAGGAAAGGAGAAGGAGGAGACGAGCGGGAGUUCAGGGUGGUGACUUUCUCAUUGCCUGAGUGGCACGGGUGCUCAGGUCCUUGUGGGGGAGGCAGUGGGCUCAUUUCCCUGCGGGGCCUAUAACUGGUGAUUUCUUCCUGGGAUCGGACAGUGAGUGGUCCUGGCUCCCCCUUGCAGCCUCUCCAUUUUAGUGAGUUUGUCUUUGUUUUCUUGGCUGGUUGCUACAGGGAAGGGUUGGGGUCCUGGAUGGAUCUAGCGACCGUCCUCAACAUACAGUCUUUUGGAGCAGGUAUGAAUAAGGGCUCUCUCUGGGCGGUUCCUGCUGUGAUGUGUGUCUAGCUCGGUCUGCGGCCGCUGUUGACCGUCCCGGCGAGGCUGGCCCCGAGUCCAGCCUGGGCGUGAGAGGCCCCUGCUGGACCGACAGCUCACAAACUCGCGUCUCGGGCUUGCAGAGGACCCCUGAGGAGAGGGAGGUGGGCCCCCAGGGAGCCGGGUGCUCGAUGGGGCGCCUUGAGCUCUGCGAGCUGUGGGUCUCUGCUCCCGGCUGCCCCCGUGGUGGUGCUCACCCUUGCCGUGCAGGGCCAGCAGGAGAGGCAGCCCAGAGUCCUUCUGGUGGUAACUCGGGCCACUUGAGUGAGUUUUGUUGGGCCCUGAAUCGAGUCGGUUGUCAUCCAGGUUUGGGAUUUUAGAGUUGGUUGAAAAGAGAACUAAAAGUUAAACGUGGGGGGCGGGGGGCACCUGGCUGGCUCGCUUGGUUAAGCACCCGACUCUUGAUUUCGGCUCAGGUCACCAUCUCGCGGUUUGUGAGUUCGAGCCCCACUUCGCGCUCUGCGCUGACAGCACAGAGCCUGCUUGCGAUUCUCUGUCUCCCCCCCCCCCCCCCCGCCCCCUCCCCUGCUCCCACUCCUCUCUUUCCAGGAAAAAAAAAAGCCAAAGAGAUACAGUGGUUUGCCACAGAGGAACCCUGGACACUUAAUUCCCCCCUCCCCCGCCCCCUCACAGGUUAUCUUGUAGUUUGACCUAAUCUUGCAUUCAUUCUCAGUGUACUCAUCCAUUCUAAGUAAGUGACUUUUACAAAAGUGAUGAGAAAAAACUUGUGUAAAAGUUGUAUUUGCCGCCACAACAGAAACCUCGACUCCUGUACCACCAGCAGUGAGUGAAACCACUUUCGUGUGUUUUGGUGGUAAACGCUUUAAUUCACUUGUUUACAAACCGCUGAUUCAAGUAAGUGUGAGCCAGGUGCUGUGGUGGAAACGGUAGAGAGUUUCAGAGACUGUGGGGCAGGAUGUUCGCGCGAGGGUUGAAGAGGAAGAGCGCCGAGGACGCGGAGGACGCGGACGGGGGCGUGGCGGGCGUUCCGGCCGCCCCCUCCUACACCCUGCAGCGGCAGUCGCUCUUGGACAUGUCCCUCGUCAAGCUCCAGCUGUGCCACAUGCUGGUCGAGCCCAACCUCUGCCGCUCGGUCCUCAUAGCCAACACGGUCCGGCAGAUCCAGGAAGAGAUGACCCAGGACGGGACCUGGCAGGUGGUGGCGCCCCAGGCCGCAGGGCGGGCGCCCCUGGACCGCCUCGUCUCCACGGAGAUCCUGUGCCGCUCGGGGCGGGAGCAGGAGGGCGAGGGAGACGGCCCCCUGCCAGACCCGGCCCCGGGACAGGCCCCGAGGCGCCCGCAGAGCAGCCCCUGGGGACUGGACGGCUCCCGGGAGGGCAGAGGGGGCUUUCAGAAGUCGCUGGAUCACAUAUUUGAAACGCUGGAGAAUAAAACCCCCGGGUCCGUGGAAGAGCUGUUUUCGGACGUGGACAGCUCCUACUACGACCUGGACGCGGUGCUGACCGGCAUGGUGGGCGGCGCCCCCUCCGGCCCCGGGCUCCCCGCCUUCGCCCCCGCGGCCGCCGCGCCCCCCAGUUCCACCUGCAGGUCGGAUCUGGGCGAGCUGGAGCACGCGGUGGAGAUCCUGGUGGAGACCUGAGAGGGCAGCCGGCCCCCGGUGGGACUCGUGGCGGAGGGGCCCUGCGGCCUCCGGGGCGCGUGGCCUGGGCGUCUGCGGGCUCGGCCCCUGGUGUGUCUGCGACGGGGAGAACGUUCCGGAACAGCAUCCCGUUGCCCUGUGCCCUCUGUCCUCCUCCAGCGGGCUGGGUGGUUUCCUUCCGGCUAGCCAUCCGAGCCGGCCUGACGCCCGCCGGCGCCCCAGGUGCCGGCCCCUCUGUCCUCCGUCCCGCCACAGGUCUGUGCAGGGCCCGUCCCCGGCUCGGUGUCCAGCCUUGUGUAAUUUUAGAUAGGUGACGUUUUUUAAAUUAAGUUUUAUAUGUUUGGGGCAAUAUUUUGUCUUAAGAUCUAUUUUUUAAGCUUUUUAUACUUUUUUUAGAUUUUGUCAGCUAUUCAAAGUAUAUUUUUCCUAUAAACGUUUUCUGCUGCUACAUUAGGAACCUAUAACCUGAACAGUUGCAGUUGGUGUAUUUCAUCGUUUAAGGUUUAAAUAAGGACUUUGUUUCGGGUGGAACUUCGGGCAGCUCCGUGUAGCGCACGUGUGUCAUGAUUUCCACUUCACGUCGGUGCGAACCUUCUCCGCGUCCUCGCCGGGCGGAGCAGUGCCUCUUAGUCUCCAGUGUCCUUACCGGCUGCUCUGCGCCGGCUGUGUCUUCGUUAGAAUCACAUGCGGAUUCUGGGGGGUUUAUUUAUGCCUAUUUAUAUGUAAGUGUUGGAGAAGGGCCCAUCCUGUCCACCGGAGAUCUCGGGGCGGGGUCUGAGGCGGUGCCUUCAGAGGAUCCGACCCUCGCAGCCCCUCCCGUGCCCCUGCGGUGUUCCCAGCGCCACUGGGCUUUCCCUGUGCCCCGCCGCUGUCGAGAGUCCCCCGACGGUGUGAACAUUAAACAAGGGGAACCUCGCUCAAAGGGAGUCAGGAGGCCAGGAGGGGGCUUUCGCGCCGCACCUGCGGACGUCGAGAAUUGCCGGUCACAGACCCUACAGAAGACCCCUGAACGGGAAGGAGUCAGUGCCAGCCCCCACGGGAAAAGAUGCACAUUUGCUCUCCCACCAGAAGCUGACGGCCCGCGACCACUCAGCCCAAGAGAAGCCCUCGUCACCCUGGACCCCGCUUCUCUCCAGUGGACUUUGGUUCGGAGCAGCCCUCCCGGCUCCCUCCUUUCUCCGUAAGUGACGUUCCUCCCGUUGGUUGCUUGGGCUUGCCUGUGGUUCUCCCAGGUCGCAGUUCUGUUAUUCCUGAAUAAACCUAGUUUGCUGGUAAAAUAACCGACGUUUAUUUUAAGGUCAGCACUAGCCACACUGGUGUGCACGGAGUCUGCCGCGUGCCAGGUGACACUAGUGCUGGGACAGAACCGUAAGGUUAAGUCAGGUCAAGUCCAGAACGAAGAAAGUCUGGACUCCUGCCAUGUAUGGCUUCUCAGUCCCAAGGGCAGUUGAUGGUGGGGUUGGUGGGGCGGUGCCACUUAAGUGGGCUCUGGUGCACCGUGUCUGCACCCCUGAACCUGCCCUGGCCGCGGGGAGCGGCCAGACCUUCUGUAUUGUUUUCACUAGUUUACAAGUCAGACUGCGCUCACCCCGUCCCACCCCUGCCCAGUUGCUGUUUCUCAUGCUUUUUCCUCCUUACCCAGCCCUUAGCCAAAAAGGUUUGUUUUCUCAUGCGUAGGACCAUUCUUUAAUAUCAGUCGUGUAUACACCACUUUAUUAAAAAACUAUCCAACAAACAAAA